AAAAUUCUGAGAAUUUUACAAGAGUUCUCUGUAAUAAAUUCGAAAAGCAAUCGUCCUCCGUCAUCAUUAUUUUAAUGUUGCCGUUUGAGAAAUAAGCUCAAAUUUGAGUCUAAACUCAAAAGUGUUUAAUUUUAAUUAUUGAUAAACCCUAUAGUAUCAAAUCUUUUGCAAACCGUAGUCUUUCAAGCUGUUACUUUGUAGUUGUUUUUGAAGUGAAUGCCAUGGACAAUAAAAAAGUUGCAAAUUCAACUGAGGCAUCUAGACUUAAAACAAAAAAAAGAAAGGAACGGAGAAUGCGGCAAAAAGAAAGAGAAGAGAAAAUGAGGUUGUUAAAUGGAAGUCAAAAGACAAAAGAAAAAAAUCAGCAUUUAAAUAACUAUUCUGAGAAAGAAGAAGUUUUAAAUCAAACAGUGAAACAAGGUGUCUUUGACUCUUCUGGAAAGCAAGUUACAAUCAAACCUUCUAAGAAGCAAGGUGUAAUUAAUACUUCUGCAAAGAACUCUGUAAAUAACACUUCUGUGAAGCAGUGUUUAAAAAAUAGUUCUGAGACAAAAAGUGUGAAUAAAAAUUCUGUGAUACUAGGCACAGCUAAUGUACCUAUUAAACAAGGCGUAAACAACACUUCUGUCAAUGUAAAAAAUUCUUCUUUAAAAAAAGCUGUAAAUAACACAUCGAUAAAGCAAGGAGUAAGUGCUAGUACUGUUAAACAAAAUGGAGUUGACACUUUGAAGAACAGCAUAAGCAAGCUUUCUAUGAAAACAAAUGUGAUGAUUAAUGCAUCAAUUCUAAAUAAUAAAGAUAGCAGUCAGAAUAAAAAUGAUGUCAAAGUAAAACUAGAUGGCAAAAAUAAAACUGUUCAAGAUAUUCAGCUCACUGAAGUCAUACAAAAGUCAAGCAGAAGUUCAAGAAGCAGAAGAAAAGUUAAAUCCAAGCAGAAUCCGGAAUUAGAUCACAGUAAAAUGAGGUCAAAACUUUCAGAAUAUUACAAAUUGAGCUUAAAAAAUUUUAAUGAGUUUGUUGAUGAAAUUAUUUUGGUUAAAGCAGAACUUAAAAUAUAUAUUGAUGCAGAAAAUAUUCCUCAUGAUAAUAUGUACCUUCUGUUAUUGUUAUUUGAGAAGUGUAUCACUAAUCAAUCACUAUUUGAAAUGACUGUAGAAUAUUUAAAAAUAAUUUUAGACAAGAAAUAUUUUCAUCAUUAUUUACUGAUAUGGUCAUCAAAAAUGGAUGUAUCAAAAUGUAAAAUGGUAGCAAAUGCUUACUUGAAUAUUGUAACAUUGUGUGUGUAUCAUAAAAAAAAUUUUUUAACACAUACAUGUUUAAAUGGACUGCAGAAGUUUGUGGACUUUUUGGAUGAUAAAAACCUCAAUAAACAUGUUAAAGACCUGUCCCAAUACUUUUAUAAUCAACAUAUAGUGUAUCAGAAGUCUGGUGCCUCUUCUUUGCAUUUAAAGUUUGUAGACUAUACCGAUCUUGUUACUUGUGAUGAUUUUCGAAGACUUCCUACAUUUCCAACAAUGGAUGACUUUGAUACUAAAACUAAACCUUUACUCAGACCUAUAAAAGAGAAAGGAUGCUACAAAAAUGGAGAAGAAUACUUAGACAUACAUUACCGUCUUAUUCGUGAGGAUUUACUUUUUACAUUGAGAGAAGGUGUUAAGGAGUUGCGUGAAAAUAUUACAGAUAAAAAAUUUAACCUCACUGUUUAUCAAGGUUUGCAAGUUUUAUAUCCAAUUUGUACUCACAGAGGAGUUACUUUUAAAGUUUGUUUUGAUUCUCCAAAAAUGCAUUAUUUAGCAUGGGAGCAGUCAAGAAACUUAAUUUUCGGAAGUCUUUUAUGUUUUUCAAAUGACAAUUUUAAAACAAUGAUUUUUGGUACUGUUUCUGACAGAAAUUCGUAUGAACUGCAAAGAGGAUUUUUUGAUGUUUGUUUUCAAAAUAGUUCAGACAUGUACAACUACUGUAGAAAAAAUUCAUCUCUUCAAAUGGUUGAGUGCCCAGCAUUUUUUGAAGCCUACAGGCAUGUAAUGGAUUGUUUUAAAGAAAUUAAUCCAUAUGCUAUGCCUAUGAAAAAAUAUUUAAUAGAAAAUAAAACCUCUGGACAACUUCCAGCAUAUCUUAAAGUUGCUCCUGAUACUGCCUAUGACAUGUCCAGCACUUUAGGAGAUCAACAAUGCCAAAAUAUUUUAAUUUCUAAAACAAAACUGCCUAGUUCAAUAAAACUUAAUUCUUCACAGUUAGAAGCAUUGCAUCAUUCCUUAACUAAUGAGUUUUCUGUUGUUCAAGGCCCUCCAGGUACUGGUAAGACUUAUUGUGGUCUGCGAAUCGUUCACUGUCUUUUAUCAAACCAGCAUGUUUGGAACAAAAAAAAAGAUAAUCCAAUGUUGAUUGUAUGCUUUACAAAUCAUGCACUUGAUCAGUUUUUGAAAGGACUUUUAAAAUUUGGCCACAAAAAAAUUAUCAGAGUUGGUGGAAGAGCAUGUAAAGAUUUAGAACCAUAUUUGCUCAAAAAUCAUAUUUCAAAAUUUCGAUCCAAAGCAUCAAAAAAUGAUAUCUUUAAAGAUUUGCACUCCCGACGAAAAAUGUCUGCCAAUAACUUAAAAGAUUUUGCACAGCAGUUAGAGCCUUACUUGUACUCUGUCAAAAAGUUUCAAGAAGCCAUAAAAAAAGGAAAACUUGUAAAGUUUAGUGAAGUUAAACAUUGUAUACUUCAAAAGCAUGCAAAAGCAUUUGAAGAACAAGAUCAACACUGUGAUGGUCUAAAAAUAUCCAUUUUUGAUAUUUACCUUGACUUAUGCAAAAUCCCAUUACCCAUUUUACGUAAUGUAUCAAGACUGGACAAAGAAUACUUUUGUGAGACUAUUCCAUGCGAAACUAAAGAUGUUAUUUUAGAGCCAAUCUAUGAAGCAACUGAUUUAAUUGAAGUUAUUGGUGAAGGAAAAGCUUUAACUGAGCGAUGGGUAGUAGAUGAAGAUGAGUUUAAACCUUUGUUAUUCAACCAUAUUUACACUGCAGAUUGUGAGAAAGACAUUGAAAAUGAAAACUCCAUGUUUGUUGAUGAAGAAGGUUUCAAAUUGGUUACUAUGUCUAAAACUAAAAAAGCUUUAAAAGUGAGAACAAAACUUGAAAAAUGUGUAGCUAUGAAUAAGGACGAGGUUGAUGCAAUAGAAAAUCCUUGGUUGAUACCAGUUGAUGAUAGAUGGAGGUUGUACAAAUAUUGGUUGGAACUUUUUAUGAUGGACUAUGACGAUAAAAUCGCAAAGCAAAUGCAACAAUAUGAAGAAUCUUGCCGAUUCGCUGCUCAGGUAAGAGAAGAAGAGCAAGACAUUGUUUUACGUCAAGGUGAUGUAAUUGCUAUGACUACCACAUGUGCCAGUCGCAUGCGUUUUGUACUGCAGUCAAUAAAACCAAAAAUUGUUGUUAUAGAAGAAGCUGCAGAAGUCUUAGAAGCACAUAUAGUUGCUUCACUUUUAAAAGAAACUGAACAUUGCAUACUUAUUGGAGAUCACAAGCAGCUAAGACCGAACCCGAAUGUGCACAUGUUAGCCAAAGAUUAUAAUUUGGACUUGUCGUUGUUUGAACGCAUGGUAAACAAUGACAUGAAAUGUCCAUCAUUGAAUGUACAACACAGAAUGAGACCACUAAUUUCUUCCAAUUUAAAAUAUAUUUACCCAAAUUUGAUUGAUCAUGUAAGUGUAAAAGCUUAUCCACAUGUCCUUGGAGUAGAAAAAAAUAUGUUUUUUAUUAAUCACUCAGAACCGGAAAGUUUUAGAAAACUUGGAUCAAAAGCCAAUUUACAUGAAGCAAAAUUUAUCAAAUCUUUUUGCUUUUAUCUCUUGCAGCAAGGUUAUCAACCAAGUCAAAUCACUAUUUUAACAGGAUACUCUGCACAGCUGUUAGAACUGCAGAAGUGCAUGCCAAGAGUUAUGUUUGAAGGUGUUAAAGUUACCACAGUUGAUAAUUUCCAAGGUGAAGAAAACGAUAUAAUAAUAUUGUCUUUGGUUAGAAGUAAUGAACGAGGAUCCAUUGGGUUUCUUAAUAUAGAGAAUCGAGUUUGUGUGGCUCUUUCAAGAGCCAAACAUGGUUUGUAUGUCAUAGGUAACUUUCAGUUACUUUCUGAAAAUAAUUUACUGUGGAAAAAGAUAAUUAAUGAUGUUAGAGAUAGUGGUUAUUAUGGAGAUUUUUUACUACUUUGUUGUCAGAAUCAUCCAGAAACAAAAAUAGCUGUGAGAAACGAAAUUGACUUUGAAAAUGCACCAGAAGGAGGGUGCCAACUAAUGUGUGGUUUUAUUUUGCAAUGUGGACAUGUGUGUGAUACAUUUUGUCAUCCUUACGAUAAGUUUCAUAAAGAAUAUGACUGCCAAGAAAGAUGCUUGAAGCAAAUGUGUAAAAAUAAGGAACAUCUUUGUCUUCAUAAAUGUCAUUUUGGAAUUGAAUGUAAUCCAUGUGAUAACUUAGUAGAAAAAAAGUUUGAGUUAUGUGGCCAUAUAUCUCAGGUUCCAUGUUCCGUAAGCACAAGUGAAGCAGUAUGUCAGGAAACUUGUAGUAAAUUAAUAAGCUGUGGUCAUCAAUGCUCUAAUAAAUGUGGAGAAAAAUGUCUGGACAAAAUAAAUUGUACUGUAUUGGUUUCCAAAGUUUUAAAAUGCGGUCAUGUGCAAAGUGUGUUUUGUAAUCAAGAUCCUGAUGUUGCUCAGUGUAACAAAACAUGUGAAGCUGAAUUGGCAUGUGGUCAUACAUGUUCUGGAACUUGUUUUCAGUGUUUUGAAGGAACUUACCAUAUGAAGUGUACUAUGACCUGUAAAAAAUUUCAUACUUGCCCUCAUGAAUGUAAAGUACGGUGUGGUCAAACUUGUGUCCCAUGUGAACAACCCUGUUUGUUUCGAUGCUCUCACAGGAUUUGUCCAAACAAAUGUUUUGAAACAUGUGAGAAAUGUUUAGAACCUUGUAAGAAUCGUUGUUUACAUAAAAAAUGCACUAAAUUGUGCUAUGAAGAAUGUAACAUUGAUCCUUGCAAUAAAAGGUGUUCUUUGUUACAAAAAUGCAGACACCAAUGUUAUGGCUUAUGUGGAGAGACUUGUCCUUCUUAUUGUUUAAGAUGCUUCUCAAAUUCAAACUUAAUUUCUUUUCCACUUAUUGUACUAACUGAUUGUGGUCAUGUGUUUCCAGUAUCUGAGAUUGAUGCACUCUUCGAAAAAAAGCAUGUUUCAUCUGUUGCAUAUAUUAAGUGUCCUUCUUGUAAUGAACCUAUUUUAAAUACAAAGCGUUAUAGAAUGCAAAUUAAAAAUAUUCGAGAUAUAUUUUCACGUAUUUACUGUUUUAACCUUAAAAAGGAACUUUCUUUAGCUGCGGUGAUAUUAAACAAAUGCUACGAUGUUUGUCGAGAUUUGUCAAAUUUCAUGAUGAAAACUCCUACGCUUACUUCACAAGAAAAACAAGAUUACACAUUCAUAGUUAAUAACAAGAACCUUGUUGAGUUUCAAACAAAUCUAGAUUUGCGUUAUUUAGCCAGAAGCUCAACUAAGUCUGAGACAUUAUUAAUUGCUGAGCGGUUAAUUCAGAGCAAAAGUAUUUUAAUGGCCCAGCGUUUGUAUAAUCAGUUACAGAUUUUAGUGUGUAUUAACUAUAUACAGAAUGGUCUAAAACAAAAAAACUCUAAUGAAGAGGUUCAAUGUAUUUUGAAUGACCUACACGAUAUUCUUUAUAACACAAUGGACAAUGCCUUGACCUACCAAGAGUCAUUAGAUCUUAGCCAAGGUGUUCAAAAGCUUCAGUUUCUUCUUCAAUUGAUUCUUUGCAAACAAUCUAUUGAGUUGAUACUGGAAAAAAAAAAUCAAAAUGCAUCCUUGGCUGAAGUGUAUGUUUCAUUAAAAGAAUCAAUAUCUGAAUUACACUCAGUAGGACUCGGUGACACCUUAAAACAGAGGAAAAAAAUAUUUAAAAUGCUUAAUGGUCAUGUGACUAUUCCUCUAACUCAUAUAGCUAAACCUGCUUUAAUUUUAAUAAAAGAGGAGAAUUGGAAAAUGUGCAAUGAAGGUCAUAUUUUUACUGAUUUUAAAGAAAUAAAUUGCCCAAAGUGCAUUUUUCCCUCAUUUGAGAUCACUGAAAAUAUGUUUAAUAAUUUUGAAGCUUUAGAUAGUAGUGAAGCGACUUCUCAUACAUCCAUGUCAGAGUCUUUAUUUAAACGCAAUAACAUACCUUUAAAUAAUAUGUUGACAAAAACAGAUAAGCAGAUCCAAUCUCAAUCAUACAUAGGUUCAGAUUCAUUUUCCUUCCCAAAGAAGAGUUAUUUAUCUGAAAAGUUAGACUUUGAUGAGCUUGAUUCCAACGAUUCAGAUAGAUCAAAUCCCAUAUAUGAAGAUAAUUUUGACCAUAGAGAUGCCUUAUUACCUGGUAAAAGUAAUGAAGUUGGUAUUUCCUUGGUUAGCCAUUUAAAUAUUUCAAAAGAUAACUCUGAUAUUAAUUCUAACAGUAUUUGUCAACAGCAGCAUCCUAGUAAUGUGAACACCUUAAUUAUGGGAAUAAAAAACUUUUUCUUUACCGCUCCUUAGGUUACAACUCGAAAACGUUUGCUUCACUUAGUUGUUUAUAUUAAGCGAAAUAAAAAACAGUACAGUGCUUCACAGCUAAUAACUUCUAUGGAAAUAUUACGUUAUAAAGAUGAUCAUAAAGUCUUAUUUUUAUUAAUAGCAUAUUGGUAUUUUUUUUAACUUAUUUCUAACUACAUAAAUAUGUAGUAUUUUUAUUAGGAAACGAAUACAUUGUUUUGUUAUUGUUUGAUAAAUUUAUCCUUACUCUGGAAAAAAAGUGCUUCAGAACCUCUUCAAAAUGUUAAUAUCUUGAAUCGAAAUAUUACGUCAUAAAAAUGAUCAUAAAGUCUAGUCGAACGGUGUUUUUAUUAUUAGCAUAUUGAUAUUUUUUUAGUUUUUUGCUAACUAU